AAAGGCGUCCACGCAGGCGACGCAAUGAGGAAGAAGCAGCAGCGGCCGAGGGAAAACCACAACAAAUGACACUGAGGAAAAUGCAAAUUGAAUCGAAGGCAGCAGCAACAGCAGCAGCAGCAGCGCGUACACAGGUCAAGUCGUGGUCAACGUCAACCGUUGCCAGCAUAUAGCCCUAGGAAUGUCCUUCAAGGAUGUGCGCGAUCUCGGGGAGCAGCUGAAGCUGCUGGGCUUUCCACGGGUAUUUCCGCUGCAGUCGCUGGCCAACCAGCACGGCAGCCUGGCCAGCUUCCACAUCGUGUCGGAGCUGCUGCAGUGGCUGGCGGGGCUCAUGGAGCCCGGCACCGUGCUCUCCGGCGGCGUGGAGACGGAGGAGCAGCGGGUGCUGCUCGUGCGCUCUGCCACGGAGUUCUUUGUGACCAAGUCGGCCAUCCGGCUGAAUCCCCGCAAGCUGUACGCCGCCGCCGCGGUCACCGCCAGCGAGCUGCAGAAAAUCACGCGCCUGCUGAUUGCCCCCAGCCAGACGGAGGCGGAGCGCGAGGAGGAGGAGCGCGACCAGUUCCGCAGCCUCAACCAGGUGGACAUCGGGGACAAGAUGGAGGAGCUGCGCCGGGCCCGCGAGCUCUCCGCGGACCUCACCCAGCGCGGCGCCGCCCUCUACGACCUGCUGUCCAAGGAGCUGCUGCACAAGGAGUCGCGCCAGACGCAGGCCCAGCGGCCCAUGGAGCUGCUCGGGGUGGAGCGAACCCUCAAGAACGCCAUCCAGGCCAGCCAGCUGAAGCUGCAGUCCAGCCGCGCCCAGCUGGAGGCGGCCCGCGUCGAGCUGAACGCUCUCAACUCGAAGCUGCAGCGGAAGCGGGCCGAGCUGGAGCGGACCAAGCAGCGGCUGGAGGCGCUGCAGAAGAUCCGGCCCGCCCACAUGGCCGAGUUCGAGGAGUGCGAGAAGGAGCUGCAGCUGCUCUUCCAGCGCUACUUCCUCCGGCUGCACGUCCGCGACGCCCUGCGCUCCCAGCUGGAGGCGCGCACCAAGCGGACCACGCCCAUCGCCUCGCCCAUACUGCAGAAGACCGCAGAGAACUCGAUGCCCUUCAUACCGGAGGGCCUCAUCGAGGACGACGACGACGAGGACGAGGACGACGAUCUCGACGGCGAUGACGAUGAGGAUGUGGGCGGUGGCAUCGGUGGCAUCGGAGGCGGGGUGGGCGGCGUCGGCUCCGGCGUGGAGAUGGUGGUGAAUGGAAGAAGCUUAUUUGGCCUGGACGCCGAGAUACCGGACAUACGCGACGAGGACCAGCUGAUGCGGCAGGAAAAGCGUCCCGGAACGGCCACCUCCCGCCUGAGACCCACCACGGGACGCAGUCGCAAGGGCACUGGAGGUGGGGCAGCAGGAGGACGAGAAGGACGAGGAGGACGAGCAGGAGGUGGAGCCAGGGCCGCUCACAACGGACGCAAUGUGCCCGGGAACAGCAUGCUCAACUCGCGGGACGACGACAGCAGCUUCGGCAGCUCUGACAGCGAGCUGGACAUGGGCGAGAUAAUGGGCAUGACUGGCAUGGGCGCUGGCACGGGCGCCGGGGCCGGUGCCGGUGCCGGUGCCGGGGCCAUCAGCAUGGCCAUGGGCGCUGCCGACGAUGACUUUGAUCUGAACUCGAUCGAUGACAUCAGCAUUUCGAAGCUGACGGGCGAACUGCCGCUGCGUCCGAAGACGGCCAACAAGGCGGAGCACCACAGCGACGAGGAUUUUUAGAGCCAAGCACUCGGCUAUUUUUCUACCAUUUGCACACCGGAAACCCUGGAAACUGCAUCAAUAAUACAUCCAAAAUCGAAUUCCCAUUUCCAGAGUCAAUAAAUCCGAGCACCGAGUGUCCU